AUGGAGAGCCGCGACGAGGCCCGCGGCCCACUGCGGAGAGACGCAGAGAGACAGAGACACAGAGAGACGCAGAGAGACAGAGACACAGAGAGACGCAGAGAGACGCAGAGAGGCAGACACAGAGACGCAGAGAGACACACACACACAGACACAGAGACACACACACAGAGACACACGCAGAGAGACACACACAGAGACGCAGAGAGACAGAGACACAGAGAGACGCAGAGAGACAGAGACACAGAGAGACGCAGAGAGACGCAGAGAGGCAGACACAGAGACGCAGAGAGACACACACACACAGACACAGAGACACACACACAGAGACACACGCAGAGAGACACACACAGAGACGCAGAGAGACAGAGACACAGAGAGACGCAGAGAGACAGAGACACAGAGAGACGCAGAGAGACGCAGAGAGGCAGACACAGAGACGCAGAGAGACACACACACACAGACACAGAGACACACACACAGAGACACACGCAGAGAGACACACACAGAGACGCAGAGAGACACACAGAGACACUGAGAGACACACACAGAGACACACACACACAGACACACACAGAGACACACAGGGAGACAGGGAGACAGAGACGCACACACACAGACACACACACAGAGACACACAGGGAGACAGGGAGACAGAGACGCAGAGAGACACACACAGAGACACUGAGCGACACACAGACACAGAGACACGCACACAGAGACACACAGAGACACACACACACACAGACACAGAGACACACACAUAGAGACAUACACACACAGAGACACACACAGAUACACAGAGAAACAGACACAGAGACACAGAGAGACACACACAGAGACACACACACAGAGACACUGAGAGAGACACACACAGAGACACACGGGGAGACAGAGACAUACGGAGACACACGGGGAGACACGGGGAGACAGAGACACACGGGGAGACACACGGGGAGACACGGGGAGACACAUACACACAGAGACACACAGAGACACACGGGGAGACAGAGACACACAGAGACACACGGGGAGACAGAGACACACAGAGACACACGGGGAGACAGAGACACACAGAGACACACGGGGAGAUGGAGACCGACAGAAUGGUGGGCGUCGCAACACAAUUCUGAGGAGAAACCUGGUGGAAAAAGGCGACCACAUUUGCCAAGAAACGAAGAAAUUAAUUAAUUUUAAGCUUUUAAAAUAAAGAAAUUUAAAAAGAAAAAUAACAAAACUAUAAGCGGCCAUUUUCUUUUCGUACGUCUAAUUUUCGCGCCAAUUUCAGCCGCGCCGCCUCGCUCCCCCCAUCUACGUCAUCGCGUCGGCAAGUGACGUCAUCACGCACGGGAGAAACCGGGCAGUUGAAGAUGAACGUCACCAACGCCGACCGCGUGACGUCAACGCGCAGUCAGCGGGAGGGGGGGCGGGGCCUACCCAUAUAAGGCGCGUGACGUAAUCACGCUCAGCCACCC